UGCAGCGGCUGGAUUUACAGUGAGAAGACUUCCCCAAAUGCAGUGGAACAACACAUCUUUAUUUUCCAUGCAGCUCUUCCUACAAGAACUUCACAUCUAGCAUCUUUACAACACAACAGAAGAACAGAAAAAACCCUCUGACAACUGGCAGCCUUAAAUACUUCCAGCUGUCACCGACUAAACCAUUCUUCCACUCACAGCACAACAGAUUCCCCACUCUCCCUUAAGCCCUGGUCUCUCCCGGAACCUUUAAAUGGUGUCUGGACCCAGGGGACAUAUUUGCCCAAACACCUUGGAGAAACACAAGAAGAAAGACCCCACCACCUUCCUUGAUGAGGAGGCACUGCGCAGGAUCUGAACCAAGGCCACCAACUGACUUCAAGAUCCAAUCAACCAGCAAACCCCUAUCCCUGGUGGGUGACCUCUGACUAUGGAAAGCCUCCUACUAUCUGUGUACAUUCUCACCUUCCUUAUUGGCCUACCUACUAACAUCCUAUCCCUGUGCAUCUUUUGCAUUAAAGUACACAACAAGCCCAUGCCCACUGACAUCCUGCUACUAAAUUUAACUGUGUCAGACUUGCUCUUCCUUUUAGUUUUGCCACUGAAGAUGUAUGAGGUAGCCUCACAUAUGAAGUGGUCCCUGCCCUAUUCCCUGUGCCCAGUCACUUACUUUGUGUUUUUUUCCACCAUCUACACAAGCUCUCUCCUGCUCAUGGCUGUCAGCGUGGACCGUUACUUGGGUGUAGCCUUCCCGGUGAGGUACAGACUGUUGAAAAAGCCACUGUAUGCUGCAGUUGCCUGUGUAGGGAUCUGGGUCAUCAGCUCUGCCCACUGUAGCAUUGUAUUCAUCGUAGAACAUCUUUCUUUGGGGAAUGAAACCUUGGACACCACUGUCUGUUAUGAGAACUUCACAGAGGAGCAGCUGAACAUCCUGCUUCCUGUACGCCUGGAGUUUUUUGUAGUGAUGUUCCUGGCUCCUCUUCUCAUAUGCACGUUUUGCUACUUGAGCUGUAUCCGCAUCCUCUCUGCUCAGUCCCGGAUCUGUCACAAAAAGAAGAAGAAAGCUAUUGGCAUGGCUUCGGGGACCCUCCUGGUUUUCGUGAUCUGCUUCCUCCCAUAUAAUUCUUCCCAUGUUUUUGGCUACGUGAACGGGAAAAGCCCACCCUGGAGGGACUACACAUUGCUCCUCAGCACAUUUAACACAUGCUUAGACCCAAUCAUAUUCUAUUUUUCCUCCUCUACUUUUCAGGAAAUGGUCAAGUAUUUUAUUCUCAAGAUUGCAGGAUUGAGAAGCCUCAUUCUCAGAUCAGGAAGGCUGUCAACCAUGACAACCAACACUGAAAACAUCCAUCAGGAAAACUGAA